GUGGCUGAAAAACCCUUCAAAGGAAUUUUUAGUUUCACAUGUUUAGAAACGAAACUAAUCUGGGUAUUGAGCAACAGCAGUGCUUAUAAAAGUCCAGGAACUUCCACCAGAAUUAACUAAACCUUCCGCUUAACCAUCACAAUGUGGACAUUUCUCGGGGCUUUAGUGGUAGCAAGUAUUGCCACAGCCUCUGUGGUAUGUCCAGAUGGUAUUUCCUCAUGUCCUGACCAAGCAACAUGUUGCAAAACAGCAGGAUCAUAUGGCUGUUGUCCGAUGCCCAAUGCUGUUUGCUGCUCAAAUAAUAUAAACUGCUGUCCUGAAGGUUUUACAUGCAAUCUGGUCGCAGGAACCUGUGAAAAGAAAUAUGUGAAAAUCCCUUUAAUCAGCAAACUUCCCAUGCCUGAGAAGGAUGAGUUGACCAGUGCAAGCCUCAUGAAAGAGUCAGUUGUUCACUGUGACAGCACACACUAUUGUCUUGAUAAUACAACAUGCUGUAAGCUAAUAUCCGGAGCAUGGGGAUGCUGUCCCUACCCAAAUGCUGUCUGUUGCAGAGACCAUAGGCACUGCUGUCCUCAAAACAGCUGGUGCUUUUUCUCAACACAAUGUUUCUUAAAAGACAAUACCAGCAUACCAAUGCUGGCCAAAACACCAGCUCUUCCAUUUGUAGAGGAGCUAUCUGUAAUCUCUGAAAACCGGAGUUCUGUGAAUUACUGUGAUAAACUGGGUUAUUGCCCUAAUAACAAUACCUGCUGCAAACGACCAAAUGGACGCUGGGGUUGCUGUCCUUCUCAAACGCCUGUCUGCUGCAGUGAUGGUUACCAUUGCUGUCCUGCAAGUUACAGAUGUGAUAGCUCUUCAACCCAAUGUUAUCGAUCAUCUGAUGGCAACAUUAUCGAAUCAUACGAGAAAACACCUGCUCUGCUCAAUACUGAAGCUUCAUCUGCCAUUUCUGACAGUCUGAGUUCCGUAGUAUAUUGUGACAACCUGUACUACUGCCCUGAUGGAACCAGAUGCUGCAGAAGGCCAAGCGGAGGCUGGGGCUGUUGUCCUUCUCAAGCCCCUGUCUGCUGCAGAGAUGGUUACCAUUGUUGUCCUGCAGGUUACGGAUGUGAUAGCUCUUCAACCCACUGCUAUCGAUCAUCUGAUGGAAACAUUAUCGAAUCAUAUGAGAAAACACCUGCUCUGAUCAAUACUGAGGCUUCAACUGCCAUUUCUGACAGUCGGAGUUCCAUAGUAUAUUGUGAUAACCUGCAUUACUGUCCUGAUGGAACCAGAUGCUGCAGAAGGCCAAGUGGAGGCUGGGGUUGUUGUCCUUCUCAAGCACCUGUCUGUUGCAGAGAUGGUUACCAUUGCUGUCCUGCAGGUUACAGAUGUGAUAGCUCUUCAACACAAUGUUAUCGAUCAUCUGAUGGAAGCAUUAUCGAAUCAUACGAGAAAACACCUGCUCUGAUCAGUACUGAGGCUUCAUCUGCCAUCGACGACAGUCCGAGUUCCAUAGUAUAUUGUGACAACCUGUAUUACUGCCCUGAUGGAACCAGCUGCUGCAGAAGGCCAAGUGGAGGCUGGGGUUGUUGUCCUUCUCGAGCACCUGUCUGUUGCAGAGAUGGUUACCAUUGCUGUCCUGCAGGUUACAGAUGUGAUAGCUCUUCAACACAAUGUUAUCGAUCAUCUGAUGGAAGCAUUAUCGAAUCAUACGAGAAAACACCUGCUCUGCUCAAUACUGAGGCUUCAUCUGCCAUUUCUGACAGUCGGAGUUCCAUAGUAUAUUGUGACAACCUGUAUUACUGCCCUGAUGGAACCACAUGCUGCAGAAGGCCAAGCGGAGGCUGGGGCUGUUGUCCUUCUCAAGCACCUGUCUGUUGCAGAGAUGGUUACCAUUGUUGUCCUGCAGGUUACAGAUGUGAUAUCUCUUCAACCCGCUGUUAUCGAUCAUCUGAUGGCAACAUUAUCGAAUCAUACGAGAAAACACCUGCUCUGCUCAAUACUGAGGCUUCAUCUGCCAUUUCUGACAGUCGGAGUUCCGUAGUAUAUUGUGACAACCUGUAUUACUGCCCUGAUGGAACCAGAUGUUGCAGAAGGCCAAGUGGAGGCUGGGGCUGUUGUCCUUCUCAAGCACCUGUCUGUUGCAGAGAUGGUUACCAUUGUUGUCGUGCAGGUUACAGAUGUGAUAUCACUUCAACCCGCUGUUAUCGAUCAUCUGAUGGAAACAUUAUCGAAUCAUAUGAGAAAACACCUGCUCUGCUCAAUACUGAGGCUUCAUCUGCCAUUUCUGACAGUCGGAGUUCCAUAGUAUAUUGUGACAACCUGUAUUACUGCCCAGAUGGAACCAGAUGCUGCAGAAGGCCAAGUGGAGGCUGGGGUUGUUGUCCUUCUCAAGCACCUGUCUGUUGCAGAGAUGGUUACCAUUGUUGUCCUGCAGGUUACAGAUGUGAUAUCUCUUCAACCCGCUGUUAUCGAUCAUCUGAUGGCAACAUUAUCGAAUCAUAUGAGAAAACACCUGCUCUGAUCAAUACUGAGGCUUCACCUGCCAUUUCUGACAGUCGGAGUUCCAUAGUAUAUUGUGACAACCUGUAUUACUGCCCUGAUGGAACCAGAUGCUGCAGAAGGCCAAGUGGAGGCUGGGGCUGUUGUCCUUCUCAAGCACCUGUCUGUUGUAGAGAUGGCUACCACUGUUGUCCUUCAGGUUACAGAUGUGACAGCACUUCAACCCGGUGCACCCGACCAUUUGAUGGUGAUGUUAUUCUAUCAUCUGAAAAAACACCUGCUCUGGUUAGCACUGAGGCCUCAUCUGCCCUCUCCAUAAGUCGGGGUUCAGUGGUAUACUGUGAUAACAUUCAUUACUGUGCUGAUGGCUAUACUUGCUGCAGACAGCUGAGUGGACUCUGGGGCUGCUGUCCACUUGUUCAGGCUUCUUGUUGCCCAGAUGGUAUCCACUGUUGCCCCCAUGGCUAUGUCUGCACUAGUACUUCAACCGGCUGUGUACAUCCAUAUGGUGACAUUAUCCCGUCAGUUGAGAAGUUACCUGCUCUGGUUGAUGCUGAAUUGUCACCUUCCAUUUCUGAAGAUCAGAGUUCCGUCAUGCAUUGUGAUGACCAGCAUUAUUGUUCUAAAGGCACCACAUGCUGUAGACAUUCAAACGGAGAGUGGGAUUGCUGUUCUCUUGAGAACUAAAGAAGAACAGAAGAAACAUUUUUCAGUACAGUUUUGGUCAUCAAGAAUUGGACUGCAAGACACAUUGUCUUCAGAAUCAGCAUCUACUGUAUAGAAACAUGCCAUAAUAAAUGCUGUGAUUACCACUAUAAUUAAAAUGAAUAAUACAGCAAUGAGCGACAUUUCUCAGAAUAAAUUAUUUCCCAUUUUCUUUACAACAAACAUAUAAACAGAUGAGGAAUAUAUAUUGUAGGAUAAGAAUGAAAUGUAGCAAUUAUUAAAUAUUUGCACAAAGCAUUCAAAUUUAAAAUAUAACACAAAGAACUGUGCAAUUAUGUUUGAGUUAUCUGGUUGCAGUAUGCCAUAACAGUAAUUAAACUGGCAAUAGGUUACAGAAACAAAAGAUUGUAAAUGUUAAUUUGCAUAGGCAAAGCAUUCUAAAAGUGAACAAUAUUUGAGUUUGGUUAAUAAAGUGUAUAUACCUGCACUGUACUACUCACUGAUACCUCGUGACAGAUCAUGUAAGUUAACAGUGUUCUUGUUGGUGCUUUUGAUUUAAGCAGGUUUAUAUAACAUUUUCAAAAACAGUUUAACCAGGUUGACAUUCAGGACAUGCAGUUGCCCAGUUUCAAUCUACUGCUUUUCAGAAUCAUUUAUUUUAUUUUACUGUACAGUGUAAUUUCAUUUUCUUUCACUAAUUGUUAUAUCUUUAAACAAACAUAUCAUGUUCUGUUCUGCCACAAGCUUUAUCAGUAUCUUGCAUUUUCUGAUCAUAUCCACUUUAUUGAAUGCAUUUGCAGUUAUUGAAUCCUACUGCGUAUAGUAUAUCAUUUCUGGAUGUUGCAUGCUCCAGUCUUACCCUUUGUGAUCUGCUUGCUUCAUGCAGUCUGUUUCUGUUUUAGUCUCUGUGCUAAUAAUAUUCUUCGAUGUUUUUCUGACCUCAUAUUUUAACUCUAAUAUUAUUUCAUACUUUGAUAAUCUAACCACGUCACAAAUCCCAGUCAUGCUCACGUAUCUCAUGCAUUUUCAUAUAAAACAUUUUGUAAUACUCCUUUUAUUAAACCAUUAAUUGUAGCCAUUAUUAAAUCUGUUGUGUAUGCAUUGCUGAACUCAGCUAUAUGUUUCCCUUACCAUUAUCCCUUCUAUUUUAAACGUCCUUUCUGUAUCAAAUGACAUACAAACAUAAAUGCCUUUUAAUAUUGUUUUAGCCUGAAAUUGUAAAACAGGUGAGGAUAUAACCCUCUUAUAAAGUACAGAGAAUGCUAGUUACUGGGUAUGCCUGUUUGGUGUUAUCAUCAACAUGUUCAAAAUAUAGGACUUCUGUUGACUUCUCCAUCCUGCAAUUUGUCUUGCAUAUUGCCUCCUUUAUUCAUCCAUGUCUAUUGUUAUGACAUGUUUCAAUCCCACUGCCUCUGCUGACAUAUUCCAGAAUGAGAGCAUUAGUUAUCAGUCUGUCAGAUUGCAUGGUUUUCAGCCAAUAUUGUUUUGGCUAUUUCUAUUUCCCCACCAGUGUAAUUUCCAAUGUUUUCCUGACACUUUUACAUUUAGCCCAUAGUAUGAAGUUUCUAGUUUCAAGCAACCCUUCAGGCAGAAGUUCUUAAAAGACUACCAGCUGUCUUAUUGUUGCUUCAUUGUUUUUUCUUCAGCCACAAAUGGGUCCAAUUUAUUUCAACAUGUCUACAAAAAUAUCAAACAAAAUAUGGUAUGAUAGUUUAUUCUAGAUUAUUCUAUGCAGAUAAUUGAGAGCUGCAUAUGCUUCUUUUAGAUCUGAAGCCCAUACUUACUGUUAAACGUAAGCCAUGUUAGAAUGAAACGUGGAGAUGUGUUGGUACCUUCAGAAAGAUAAUUGCAAGCAAAAUGCAAGCUAAGUGAGAUAUUUAAUCUGAUCAAUGAAAUACAGUGAAGUCAUUUCUUGGGAAAAAAAUCUUGCGUGGUGCUGGAGAAUGAGUCACUCUCAGUUAAAUAGCCACAAUCUUAUGUGUAAGAUUUUGUGAUGAGUUAAAAAAUGCAUACAAGAAGGCAAACAAAAUAAAUCAAUGAAUGUCACAAUGAGUGGCCCCCUGAGGCCUACCACCAUCAACAGUGACAUUGUCAAAACAUGUUUCUUCAACUCCACCCUGAUUCAUCUAUAAGUCAGCCAUGCAGGCACCCCCUUCAUUAUAUACUGAAUUAUUUAAACAUGAUGUCAGUGAGUAUAUUAAUGAAGUACCUAGGUGAAUGGCUUACCUAUACCUAUGUAUAUCAUAUUCAUUGAAAUACUAUGAUACAAGGCAUCUGUCAUUUAAUUUUAUAACACAUUAUCUUUCCUCUGUGAAUCAGUAUUGCUGAAAGUCGGUGCACAAAACAGCACACAUACUUUCAAAUAGACUUUUUGUUAGAAUUUCCUGCAUAAGUUUCACUAGUAUAUCCUAAUGGGUCUACAGCCUUGUGCCUUACAUUAUUGUCAGGUAGUAAAUAUAGUCCACGCAGCACAAUUCUUCUACCCUGUUUCACAACCACCCUUGAUAAAUAACCAUCUAAGGAAAAUAGCAUUUGAAGUUUUACAUAUAGUAUGAACUCUCUGUUAUUGCUUUUUCUUCUACUUCAGCAUUCUAUUCAUAUGAAUCUUGUCUAUCCAUGUUGUGCUUCAGUAACAUCACUGUACCUAAAGGAAUAAAGUUAACUGAUUCCCAGUCAUAAGCUAAAAAAGCAACAAAACCACAAACUGAAGUAAAAACCAUAAAAGCUCAGUGGCUUACAAACCUUGGUCUAUUCAGAACAACAAGAUGCAAAUCUCAAAAGAAAUGCUGUAUAAUAGACAGGACCAUCAAACACUUCUUUAGUAUUUUUUUUUAAAAAUAAGUUAUUUCAUUUUGUUUCCCUACAAAACAUUAUCUGAUAAAUCCAAGGAAGUAGGGCCAAGAAUUUAUGUAAGAUAUCACUCCUCAACAGCCAAAGUGUUAGCAUUGAGCUAGCACACCCUUAAAGGCAGACUUGCAUUAUUUUCUUAAACCUUUCAUUUUAACAGACUGGAAAUAGAAAUACAUUCAUGAAUGCCUGGCCAAACAUCAGCUUGAAACACCAGCUGCCAAAAUACUUCUCUUCUUCUAUUUCUUGAAAAAAAAAUUAAAGGCUUUAAUAAGAUAAUGCAAGUCUGCCUUUAAGGGGCACCAGCUCAAUUCUGACACUUUGAUUGACUGUUGAGGAGUGAUAUCUUACAUAAAUUCUUGGCCCUUCUUCCUUGAAUUUAUCUGAUGAAGUUUUGUUGUGAAACAAAAUUAAAGAAUUUAUCUUAUUUUAAACAUUUUUUUAUUAAAGAGGUUUUUAACAGUCCUAUCUAUUAUACAGCAUUUUUUUGGAGAUUUGCAUCUUGCUUCUCUGAACAGACCAAGGUUUGUAAGCCAUUGAGCUUUUUUGUCUUUUACUUCAGUUUAUGAUUCCCGGCCAUCCUUCACUCUGCAUAUAGAUUGCGCUGGCUUAUCAACAAACCCCAAUUCCUUAAUCACUGUUUUAAGUUGUCAUAUCCCCCCCAUACUCUUGCCAAAUCUAUUAUUAAUCUACCCUCAUCAAGUCCUCCAAAAAUUGGUUUCUAUUUGCCUCAUACAGACUCAUCUUCACCUUCUAUAUCCUCUAGCCCAAGUAGUAGAGAAAUUUAACACAUUUGUCUAUAACCAUCCUUCUCACUUUUAUCAGUGAACUCAGGUUAUUUCUUAGAGCAAAGAUCAAAUCUUAGCUACUUACUGACAAUUUUGCCAGUGUAGCGCUAAAUUGAACCUAUUCUUUUUACUGUUAAUACAACUAUUGUUCAUAUUUAAUCUUAUACUGAUGUGCUUUGUCUGAGCUUAGUUAGAAUGUUUUGUAAAAAGUUCCAGAGUAAAGAUACCCUACAAAAAGCCACAAAGCAACAUACUCCAUGUAUAACGCCUGUUGACAUUUCUUCCUGCCAAAUUUCUUCCUAUGCCUCAUCUUCCUCACUGUUUUCCCUCACAUUUAGACCCUAUUUCUAAUGUAAAUAACCUGUCUACUGGAUGCCUGUCUCACUUUGAUUUGUUUGAUAUUCUUGACAAAAAACUAUCCUGAUCCUCAUUAUUUUAUAUGGUCUCAGUGUCUCAGCCAAACCUCUUUUAUCUGCAUAUGCAUUAGUCUUCCUUUGUGGCAAAUUGAAAUGUUUGUCUGUAAAUACAUUUUGCAUUUGCUCUGAAUUUUGUACUUUAUUGUAUUAGGUAUUUUUGAAUUUGCUUUGUCACUAGUAGGUUGUAAUUUAAAUAAAUAAAUCAAAUGAAUGUAUGCAGCUGAUGAGAUUUGAUUGAUAGAAGUACAAAUUUAAGGAAUAUAGGUGAUAUCAUUAUCAUGGCUAGGUAAACAGGAAAUAAAGCUGAUAAAGUCCUGAACAACACAGGAUGAAAGUGCUUUGUUCUGGUUUUACUUCAUGGAAUAAAGGUUUUUUUUUAUUAUUA